AAAGUUAAAAAAAUUUAAAAAAAUUAAAACUAAUUAAAGCAAAAUUAAGGUAUGUAAAAUAGACUAAACGAAAUUACAAAAAAAAACUGCAAAUGCUUUCGCAUGUGUGUCAAUCAAAGGCAGUGCGCCAAAUCGAAUUACGCCACUGAAAAGUAAAAAUCUGUAAAUAUAUAGUAUAUAAUAAAUGCUACGCGAUUGACAUGUGGUGUGCGCGUGUGUGUGCAGCAGAUCGCAAAAAAUGAUAAUUAAAUGAAUUAAAAUUUAUGAAAACAUCAAACGCACAGUAAUCUCAUUAGCGUCGUGCGCGGCCACCGGCAUAAAAACCACGCAAAAUGUUUGGCUGCAUCUACCAAUUAUGGGACUGGUUGGACGCCCCACCGCUCUUCAACGGCGCCACCAUGGACGCGAAAAAGCUGCAACAACUGCAGCAAGCAAACGCGCAGAAGAAAUUGCCACUCGCCUAUCAAACAAACCUCGUCGACUAUCGCGCCGCCACACACUCGCCCGUCUUUCAGCAACAACAACAGCAGGCCGCAAUGAGCGCCUAUCACAGCGUCGGCGGCAGCGGCUAUCAGCAAAGUCCCACCGCCACCUCGUCGAGCGGUGGUCCGCUCACACCCAUCGACAUGCAACCGCAACCAAAUAAAAUGCUGCUCAAGCAUAUGGCCGGCAGUGGUGGCAACACCUCGAGCAGCUCACACAGCUCGCCGUAUCAUCAGUCGUCCUACAACAGUGGCGGCGAGCAGCUCUACCAGUCACCGACGGAACGUACCUAUUUGACAGCGGCUGGACGCCUGCAGGCCACCUCGGCGCAUAAUCCUGCCACAGCGCUGCAACAACAGUACCAACAGCUGCAACAAGCCAAGCUGCAGGCACAAUUGCAGACGCAGAGUGAGGCGGUGCAGCAGCAGCAACGCACAUUCGCCAUGCGGCAGGCCAUGAAUCCGCCGGUGCCGCAAGGACACUUUCAUAUGAGUCAGUCGUCGAGCAUCAUGUCGACGAUGACUUUGCAACAACAGCAGCAACAGCAACAACAACAGCAGCAACUGCAGCAGAAUGCAGCAGCGGCGGUGCAUGGCCGUGCGCCACCCUCCACUUUGAAUCUGAAUAGUCAAUAUCAGCCAGCGGGCGGUGUUGGGCCAUUGAAGGUCAAUCAGAAGCAGGCACAGCAACAGCAGCAACAUUACCACACACAAGAUCAGCAGCAAAUUUACGCACAACACCAGCAGCAACAUCAAUUACAAUUGCAAUUGCAGCAUCAGCAACAGUUGCAACAGCAGCAGCAGCACGCACAUCACCAACAGCAACAGCAGCGCUUGAAAUCGGAACAACCGACACCGGGCAGUGAGCAGAGUCCCGUUUACAUACAACAAAACCAUCCCGGACAUGUAGUCAAUCAGGCCUGUCAGACACAGAUAUCGGCGGUUAAAGGCAGCGCUGUAGUACAAAAGACCACACCCAGCUCGGAGGAUUCGUCAAGCAAGAGCCCUUCACACGCGCCAUUAGACCGCAAGAAGAGCAUCGGUUCGAUGCAGGCGCUCAAAUCGCCCAUCACCAAGCGUCCACCUACGUCGCCGGUAACGCUCUCCGGUUGGCUCUACAAGCAGGGUUCGGACGGUUUGAAAGUGUGGCGCAAACGUUGGUUCGUGUUGGCCGAAUAUUGCCUCUACUAUUACAAGGGACCCGAGGAGGAGAAACUGCUCGGCUCCAUACUCUUGCCAUCGUACAAAGUAUCCGCCUGCCUGCCGGAGGACAAAAUCUAUCGCAAGUACGCCUUCAAGUGUGAACAUCAGAACAUGCGCACAUAUUGGUUAGCCGCCGAGACGGGCGAGUCAAUGAUGCAGUGGGUGCGCGCGCUCACCGCCGCCACAAAUAUGCAGGCGCCUAAUAGUGGCGAAUCCGAUCAGCCGAGCGGUUCGUCUUCACUAAAUCACAGCGGCGAGAACUCCGACUCUGGCAUACACACGCUACAGUCGCAGCAGAGCAAGAUGAGCCUCAAUCAGGGGCAGGUAACGCCGGCCUCAGAGAACGCCAAUGUGAAUUCGGCGUCGAGUAGCAACAGCGGUGGCGCUGGUGGUGGUGCGCAGCCUUUGUACGCGAACGCGCCACCCAAACCUCGGCGGAUCAACGAUGGCGGCUACUCGUCGCCCAGUCCCGAACAUUCGAUUGACAACGAACGCAAACCACAUCACCAACAACAGCAGCAACAACAGCAGGCAGGUCGUCAUAGCGGUCUUAUGUCACCGACAUUGCAACAAAUGCAACAACAACAGCAACAGCACUACCAACAACGUGGUGCCCAGCAACCGCAACAACAUCAUGCCAUUUACGAUACACGCACCGGUAAUGUGUCGUCUGCACUGCGGCUGCAGCAAGCACAACAACAAUUCUCUGUAGACCAAUUGGAAGCACAAUUGCAGCAGCAAAUGGCUUUGUCGGCGGAAGAUUACCCCAAAUCGCCGCCACCGCCAGCCACACACUCCAAUUACAUGGAACUCGAGGAGCAGAUGUUACGUCUGCAACAACAACAACAACAACAGCGUGGUGGUGAAGAGAUUUACGGCGAACGCGAUCUGUACAUGCAAAAGCUGAUACAACAACGUUAUCCACCACAUUUGGCGCUCUACCCGAACGCGGAACGUCGUACACCGGACGCAUAUGGCCGCUCGAAAAAUCGCAUAUUCUCGGAUUACGAAGAUAUUUACAAUUUAACUCAAGCCGGUAUGCCAACAUCAGCGCAGGAGGCUCUGCUACAGGAGGCAGCCAGUUAUCGCCGCCCACUGAGCCCGCCCAGUUACGAUGGCAGCAAACAUGUGCCAGCUAUGCCGAUGCGUUAUACACCCAAUCACAUGGAGGCUGCACAACAACAGGUAACCGCUAGCAACAGCAAUCUACGUUCACGCCAACCCGCCGCGAUCGUGCGCCCACAUUCGGCGGACUUUCUGGAAUAUGAAGCGCGCGCCGAAUCAGCGGCAGCAGCUGCAGCCGCCGCCGGCACCAGCAACCUAUCGAGCGCCAUUAAACCAGAUGCUGUGCGUGCACCACGCCCCAAAUCUUCGUUAGACAUCAAUCGCACACCGGACAGCUUCUACUACUCGGAGGCAAGCUAUGCGGAGAAGAUGCGCAAAAGCGCGCUUUACUUGCAACAUCCAAAAGGCGCCACAAAUGCACAGCCACAGCAGGCAGGUGCCUAUCGCACCACCACCGAUUUCCUUAGCCCCGUGGGUAGCGGUAUGCAUACCAUCGGCUAUGAGAAUCCCUACGAACGCGCCUAUAAGCGCGGCGAGCAGUUGCUUGACGGUCAAGGCGCCGCUAGCAUGCCGCGCAUGAGUCGCAGCAAUACAACGACCGCCAUGAAUACGAGCAGCUUGGCGCAUUUGCGCUCGCAAUCGAUGCAUCCGCAACAAACGCAGGCACUGCUCUCGCCACAGUCACAGUCACAACAGAAGCAGCAGCAACCACCGCCGCCGCAAAAGCCUGUCUAUACGCCAACCAUGUCGACGCAGCAGAUUAUUCAGCAGAGCGAACAAUUCCUACGCUCGGCAAGCGCACGCCUGCCCAAGCGCAGCGGCGGUUUCGAUGAUGACUACAACAGCGCGACUACCACUUCACCGCCACAACAACAGCAACAACAACAGCAACAGCAGCAACAGUCGUCAUUGCAGUCAUCACAGUCACAAUCACAAUCAUCUUCACAAUCACAACAACAACAUCAGCAGCAUCAACAUCAGCCAUCGGCACAGGAUGGCGAACGCAAGCGUGAAGAGUCGAUGAAACGUUUGCUGGAGUGGAAGCAGCGCAUGUUGCAGUCACCGUUGACGCGCAAGGGCAUGCAACAAGGUGGCAGCAAUAUGUCGGCCAUGUCGAAGCUUGGUAGCAAUCCGAACAUACUGCUCGCCUCGACGACGGUGGCGAGCGGCGCGCAUUAUGCCGCCACUAAUACGAGCGGUGGCAACAGCAGCGGCGGCAAUGCGGUUGGUGGUAGUGUUGUGGCUGGCACUGUUGGCGCGGGUAGUGGUGGCAUCACAACGAUGGCGACUGGUGGCAGUCUGGUCGGCGGCGUAGGCGGUAUACAGCGCAGUCGUUCGGAUGCGCAUGCGAACCUCGGACCAGCCGGUUAUAAUAGUUACUCGUCGGACGAUGAAGCAGCGUCAAUUUCGGUGCGGAAUGUAUGCAAUUUACCCAAAGGCAAUCUUACCGUUAAACCAGAUCCCUCGGAUGCACACAAUCCGCUACAGCAGCAGCAACUACAACAGCAACAACAACAACACUUAGCGCAAGGCACUUACGAUCAAACGCUGGGCGCACUAACGAACUCCUACUACGGCACGGCGCACGACACGAAGUACGCGAAGACAACAACACUCACGGAUCAACGCAGUGGCUUUGUUGGCCUGGGUGGUGGUGUUGGUGGCGUUUACGGCAGUAACGGGCUCAUAGCAGGUGGCAACAGCAUCUUGGCCUCGUCGACGCCGCUGCAUCCCAGCGCCAAUGGUGGCGACUAUUAUGGCGGCGUAGGAGGCGGCGCGGGCCCCACAUUGUGGCAAGAGCAGCAUACACAACAACAAGCAGCGUAUCCCAUGCGGCGCGUGGAUAGUCGUGCCGAAAUCGAUAUGCUGGAACGUGAGACCAGCACACAGAUGCGGAAUCUGGACGUUUCCGCCGGCGAUUUGCUGAGCCGCACACACGAGGAGCUGGUGCUGCUGCUGAUACAGUUGAGGCGCCAGAACAGCAAUACAGCGCGCGCCAUCGAGCAAUGUUGCAGCGAUAUACAUGAAGUGCAGAAUCGUUUACGCACUGCUGAGGGUCUCACACGCGCCGAAAGCAUACAGCGCCUGGACUACCUGAAGCAACAUCUGCUCGAUCUGGAGCGCCAGUAUGAGAAGAGCAAACCGCUGGUCAACUUGGUCGACAAUAUGGUGAAGUUGGGCUCACUUUAUCGCAACAACGACAUCAACGGCCGUCAGCCGCAACGCAACGAGGCUGUGACACUGGAUCGUCUCGAAUUUAAUCAGCGCAUGCAGGAGCGACGCCUCUUGCUGGAGGAGCAAAAGCAGUGGGAUCGGCUCAGUCCGAAUCACAGCGAGCUGCAGUCAAAGGUGCAUCAACUCUAUCAACUCGAUCAGCUGUUGCAAGAGGAAUCUGGCACACUGCAAAACUUACAGCGUGACAAGGAGGAGCUGGAACGCGCUCUGGGCGGCUUACGUGCGCGCAUACAAGACACUUCGGGUCCGCCGAUGGCGCUCGAGGCGGCCAAAAAGCAACAACACAUGCUCGAGCGUGAGCUGUCGCGUGUACACCAACUGUUGGCCGAGAACUCAAAGGUAGACGAGAAAUUAGAACAAACCGUAGCAGGCAAUGCGCGUCUCGAACAAGAGCUAAUUGUGUUGCGGCAGAAACUGCAGGCUUCGCGUGGGGCACGCGGUUCGCAAGGAGCACUCACAAAUGGCGUCGGCGGCACAGAUAGCUUUGCCAGCAACACGACCGCCAUGUUGGAGUCCGAGCUGAAGCGUGUACAAACACUUGUAGGUGACAUGCAACGACAGCGCCAGGAGUUAAGCUCUGCUGUGCGUCAACUAACGGAGAACUCGAAUCGUCUUUAUCAGGAGAUUGGCAACAAAGAGAACAUUGCAAACGGUUUGCCAUUAGACAUAUCACAGAAGAAACGUACAAACUCCGCUUCGUGGCAAGAAACUGAUUUGGAUUCGAUGCAUAGCAUCUCGCACACACUGAGCGAUGACUCCACGCUCAAUCUCUCAACGCCGCUUUACGUGGACACGAAGCUCAGUGAUUUCAAUAAUGGCGACGAGCUGCAACGUUUAAUGGCUGGCGCAGGUGUUAGCGCUGGCUCAUACCGUUACAAUGACGCCAGCGAUAAUUUGGAGACGAGUGGCGUGGACAGCGACGGUUUUCUCGACUCCAAUCCAUUUGCCAAUUUGACCAACCAAGAGAAACAGGAGAUCAAAACGGUACGCAUUGUGAAGCGCGAGUCGGAGCGUAGACAUCGUGAUCGCAGCGAACGUAACGGACUAAGCAGCUCCACGCAGAAUCUCGAUCAGGUGCUGGAGGAAGAGCAACAGCUGAUGAGCAACAAUGGGCUCGUCAGCAACGGCUAUCAGCAUAUGAACGGCGGCACGACAAACGAGUACCAAAGCAAUGGACGUUCGAAAUCGCUGCCGCGCAGUUACAAUGAACCGCCCACCAGCGGCAAAGUGCGUCAUCAUCACCACCACAGCAGCAAACACAGCAGCAGCAAGCACAAUGGGCACCACAGCAGUAGCAGCAGCAGCAAGCAAGAUGAUUACUAUAGUCGCAGCUUUGACAAGAAUAGCAACUAUGCCGGCUACCAGUUGAGUAACGGCGCUAAUGGUGGAAAUAUUGCUAACGGUGGGCACGCUGAGCGACGUGAACACCUCAAUCCACUUGCUAAUGCGUACUUUGCCAAGCAACUGCAACAACAGCAGCAACAUCAGCAUCAUCAUGGUCACACGCGCGAGUCCUCGCAGCUGGCUUUGCGUCAAAAGACCGACUCUGUGCAGAGCUUGAAUAAGAGCAUCACCGAUCUGAGUCCAGAUCCGGUGUUUCAGAGUGAAGCGGCGCGUCAAAUCAUAAACGAGCUCUCGGCCGGUUCAGCGUCGGAGGACAAUACGGAGAAGAUUGUUGAGAAAGUGCCGUCGCAGCAUAAGCAUCGACGCGCGGUGCCGCGCGAGAAGCGGCGCCACUACACGGCCCCUAACAAUGUCAAUGUGAAGGCAAUGGAGAAUGUGCAGGCGGAAAACGAUAUGAAUCGCAAUAAUACCAACUGGCGUGCGCGUGACGAUCUGGACAUGGACUUGGCUUUGCGUCCGCGCAUGAAUGCACCAGAUGUUGUGCGCUCCGCUUUGGGGCAUGGUGAGAAGAUCUCGGAGAACACAAUAGAUAACUUGCUUUUGGCGCCAAAUAAGAUUGUUAUACCCGAGCGUUAUAUUCCGGAGAAGACACCCGAGCUAUCACCCGAAGAAAAGAAACGUCGCCAAGAAAAAGUCGAAUCCAUCAAGAAGAUGUUAGCUGAGGCGCCCAUAAGCACCGCAAACGACACCACUGUCAGCUUGCCGCCGAGCAAAAUCAAUGCGGAAAAGAAGCAACGCGAGCAUUUGCUGCAACUCAAUCAGAUAUUGGCACAGCAAGUCAUGCAAAUGAGCAAAAUCGUAGCUGAAAAAGCCAUGGCCAAGGUGCACAAUGACGAAGGCAACGACGACGACGAUGACGACGCAUCACCAACUGGUCAUGACGAGCGAAGUUCCGAAUCACCAAACGAACCACUGCCGAUCUAUCAACAACGCGACAAUUACUUUAGUUGAAUUUCCGAAGCACAAACAAAAAAUAACAACAACAAUAACAUAAAGCACUAAAAAAAGAACUAAAAACACUUGAAUGAUAAUAAAACAACAGUGGCAGCAUCAGCGUCUGAGCAGAGCAGCAGCGUAGGAAGAGCACUGCACGCAUAUACACACACACAUGCAAAUACUAAUGAAUACUAUUUUAUUAAAUAAAAAAAUAUUGAAAACACAAAAUUCAAAUAGUCAAUAAAUGAAAGCACCAAAAAACAAUAUGAUGUACACUAAACUACAACAAAAGCAACAAACACUAAAAUAAUUACAAUUAAUGUCGAGAAAACAAUAAGCUACAAACACUCAAAUACAAAACCGUUGCAUUUAUCUUAAAAACAAAUAACUAAAAAUUAUAUGAAAAAAUACAAAAACAAUUUUAUGUAACAACAAAAAGUUGAAAAUGUUAAAAGUUUACGAAGCGGCAGGUGUUGCGCCUGAAAAGUGACUAAGUCAAUAUUGGUAAGUAAUUAAGCGCGUUAUUUGAGCUAAGAAUGUAUACAAAAACAACAACAACAAAAAUAUUGUAUGUGUAUGAGAUUAAAUUCUUUAGAGUUGUUGUUGUCCGUUUGUUGUGUGUUAAAAGCGUCUAACUAAAGAAUUAACAAUUUUAAGCAUAACUAAAUGUGUAAAAAAGCCGCAAAUCUUUGAAAACUAUUUCAAAUAAACUAAAUAAUUUUUUUUUGCUUAGCUGCAAAACUUAAACGACUGAAUUGUAAAGCAAAUUUAAAAGACUUUAAGAACAAUUAACUAAAAAUAUCACAACUAACAUAAAUAUUGCAGAGAGAGAGUUUGAAAAUACAAAAACAAAGCAAGCGCCAUUAACUGACUAACUGCAAAUUGGCGCGCACAAGCACACCAACACACGUACAUAUAAAUAUACAUAUGUGUGGAACUGUAUACUACAUACAUACAUACAGACAUACAUGUAUACAGAAAGGGGCUUCAAGCGAUGUGGACUGCAUAUUUGAAGCAAAUAACUAAUAGUGCAUAAAUUUGUUGUUUUAUUUUGAAAAAAAAAAAAAAUAUUUUGUUUUAUUUUCUGCCUUCGAAGCAAAAGUUGUUGCGAUUUGUUCAAUUAAAAAAUGGAAUUAGCACAGGAAUCACAAACGAAUUAGGCCACAUAUCAAAAUUCAAAUGAAAAAAAAAAAUAAAAAUAUAAUAAAAUUAGCUGAAUUUAUGCUAUAUAUGUAUAUGUAUGUAUAUAAAUAUGGAAACAUGACUGUAGUAGAAAUUCGAAAGACACACACACAUGCAAACUGAAUUUGGAAUUUGAAAAAUGCAAGUGAAAUUAAAAAAAAUAGAGAAAAAAAAUUUAAAAAAAAAAUAAAAUAAAUUUAAAUUGUCUGUAAAUCGCUAUAUACAUGUAUAUAAUGUAUUUGUUGUACUGCAUGCAAGUGUUAUACUGUUAUACCGGCAGCGUUGCAGUGUUGCGCCAACAAUAUUGUUGAAGUCCUUGUUGAAAAGCAGAAAAAAAUUCACAAAAAUUAAAUUAAAUUAUUGAAAGUAAUAUUAACCAUACAUAUAUACACAUACAUUACAAAAAAUAAUUAAAUAUGAUACAAAAAUAACUGUAACAACUAAUUAAAUUUUAAUUUACGAGCAACUGCUGAAUAUACUUGUAAUUAUAUGAAACUGUGUGCAAUUAAGAGCAAAAGCAAAUGCAUUUAUAAUUCAAUAUCCAUUUUGUCAACCAGUUGCGCCUGCAGGUAGGCAACAAAAAAAUUAGCCUUGAAUAAUUUGAACAUAUUGUUAAAUAUAGUUGGCAUUGUUGCUGCAUAAAUUUAAACUUCACAACUACAACAACAAACUAACGCAUUUCUGAUAGCGCAGGGUCAAACGAAGCUGAAGCGAAAAACAAUAAUUUUGAAGUCCUAACAUUUUGUGGUUUUCCUCUCCACAAAAAAGACGAAAAGGCAAUGAAUAUUAUACAGAGUGUUAAAAGAAAAUUUCUAAUUAUUUUGAUGAAACAAGCACUCACAAAACUUCUUUUUCUCGUUCAAGCUAAUUACGUAAAAUAUUAUAAUAAAAAAUAUACAGUAGCUCAGACGCAAACCGUUCUAGUUAUGCAACUUUUUGAAACUCAGUUAAAAUUAAACUAUUUUUUAGUGCUGUUUUCAUUACAGAUUUAUUCAAAUUAAAUUUCUUCGUAAGAAAGUUUCGAAAAACAGUUAUUUCUGAGCAACUCUUUGUGACUUUACAAUGCAAUUUUUGAAAAAUGGGUAGUACGUAUACAUAUUUUUCUUACUUCUUACUGCGCAUAUACAAAAUAGGCCUUGAGUUAAACAAAAAUUUAUGAUUUUUUAAAAAUUUCUAAGAUUUUCUAAAUUUUCUAAAUCAGAGAUUUAUAAAUAAAAAUAUAUAUAUAUAUAUAAUUUACAUAACUACAAUUAGCAGCAAGCACAUAAAUACAAGGAAAUAUCGAGAAUUUUGGGUCAAUUAGCAUAAAGAUAAAAAAAUACAAAAGAAAUAAAAACUCACAAGCGAAAACAAGUGGCAUGUCAAGCAGAAUAUAGAACAUUUGAGAAUUAAAUAAUGGCAAUGCAAUUUGAUAAAAAAUUAUAAAAAAAAAAACAAAAAAUCAGCGAAUAGCUAAAACGAAAAUAUCGAAAGGCGUAACAGCUUCAAGGCAGGCGAAGAGAAAAAAUUAUUUUUAAAUAAAUAAAAUUAAUAAAUAAUGGUUUCUCUGAAUAUGGUAAUUUAGAUUAUUUUGGGAUAUUUUUGGGUAAAAGAAGCUUUGAAACUUCGAAAAAAAAUUGUAAUAAAUUAAAUUUGAUUUUGUAAAAAAGAUUAAUUUAGAGCACAAAAAUAAUAUUUUCGAGAACUAUAAUUGACAUCAAAAUAAAAAAAAUGUUAAAAAAAUUAGAAAAAUUUAAAUAAAGGACAAAAAUAAAUAAUGGAUAUUAUGAAUAAUUUAACUUAUUUUGAGGAAUUUUUUUUUUAAAUAAGUAUUACAAUUUUUCGAAAAAAAUAACUUUUUUUUUAUACAAGAAAUACUAAUUUAGAGCAAAAAAUUAAUAUUUUUUUAAAUUAUAAUUGUCAUCAAAUUAAAAAACAAUUCUUAAAAAAAUAUUUCUGAACAAAGAAAAUUAAUAAGUAAUGGUUAUCAUGAAUAAUUUAAAUUAUUUUGGGUAUUUUUUCUUUUAAAAAGCUUCAACAUUUGAAAAAAACUUAAAACUCAAUAAAAUUUUAGAGCACAAAAAUAAUAUUUUUUAAAUUGCAAUUAGCAGCGAAUUUAAAAAUCAUGUAUAUAUACUACAUUCAUUUAAAAAAAAACAUAUGAUAACAUUUUUUUUUUAUUUAUUUUCUCUAAUUUAGCUUGACUUAUUUCAACACAAUUUCUUGAUACACAUUUAUGGAUAUUUUUUAAAUUUUAAAUGUUUUAAAAUUUCGCAAGUUUACUUUCUAUUUUAAUGUUAAAUAUAAUUAUUGGUUUUGCUGUACCAAACACUUUGCAAAAAAGCUUUUCGAAGAAGCAGAAAAAUUCGAAUAUCUGGCGUUCUUGCUUUGCUCUUUCGGCUUUGAUAGUUAUCAGUGCUAAAAGCUUAUGGAAAGUCUUAUUAGCUUCACUUAUUUCAAAGCUGUGAAAAUCGAAAUCUCUACUUGUCACUAUUUUGUCAUUUAUUUUGUCAAAUUUGACAGCGUUUGUAGCAAGCAAAGUCAGGAGCGACAACUUGACUUGAGUCAGUAUCUGUAGUGCGCCUUGUCUAUGCCUAAAAAUGCUCUGCUAAAACGACCCUCAUGCACAUAUGUCGCACACAUAUAAAGCUGUAACAUACAUAUAUACAAACAUUAGAUAUUAAUUAUUAUUUCUUCAAUAUAUAAUAAACUUAUAAAUAUGUAUAGGGCAUAUAGUAGAAAUUUUGUUCGAAACAACGAUUUUGAAUAUUAACUUGUUAAUGAUUUUAUCAUAUAUGUACAUAUAUAUAUAUUUUUUAUAAGUAAAUUAGUUUUUUUGUAAUAAAAAGGGUUAAAGAAUUAAAAAAAAAAUAUUUUCAAAUAAACGUUUUAAGGUGGUUUUAUAUUAUUUAUGCAUAUAUGGAUAUUUGUAUAUGUAAAUACAAAUCUACAUAUUAAUAUGCAUUUAGAUACAUUACAAUACAUUAUACAAUAUGUUCACAUGUACAAAUGUCAAUUGCUAAUUGCCAAUUAUUUUAUCAUAAUUUUUGCUUCUAAUUAAAUAAAUUUAAUUAUAAUUAAUUAAAUUUUACUAUUAUUUGUUUUUAAUAUUCUAUUUUCUUUUUUUUAGAGUUCGAAAUACAUAUAGACAUGUAUUAAAUAGUUUUAAAGGCCAGCAAUAAGAGUAAUAUAAAUAAAACUUAAUUUAAAAAAAUUAAAGAAUAAAAAUUAAAUACAAAAAUUUUUUAUUGUAUAUCUAUAUAUUAUUUCUAUAUUUUUUUAUUAUUACUUUUUUUAAAUACAUUUUUUUAUAUUUUUAUUUUAUUAAUUUUUUUAUAUUCAUUUAUAAUCAAUCCAUUAAUGUUUUCAAUUUCUCGUAGUUAAACAGACUUAAAUCUAUAGUUAAUAUAUUACAUACUUCAAUAUAUAACUUUCUCCAAAUUAGCAAAUUUUAUAUGGAAGAAAAAUUUAGCGGUGCUGCAUAUAAAUCAUAACAUAAAUUAGGUAACAAAUUAUAUAAAUUACCUGCUUUUUGUUUAAAAAGUUUUUAAUGUUAUGGAGUCAAAUAAUAAUUGUAUUAAAAAAUUAUAGCUCCCCAUCAUAACUCUUAAUUAAAAUUGAUAUUCAAAGAAUAAAAAUUAAAGCAAAAAAUAUCAAAACAAAAAUGAAAAAAAAAUAAUUAAUUAUAAAUAAAUUAAUAAUCAAUAUUCCAAGUUAAUUUGAAAUAAAAAUUUAAUUUUUACUGCAAAUUGUUUUGUAUUAAAAACAAUUAUAAUUUAAAUUAAAAAAUAAAAAUAUUUAAAGUUGUAAUUUUUUUAAUGAUUAUAUGUUCAAUAAUUUAAAAAAAUCACUAAAAUUUAAUUAAAAAAAAAAAAUUAAAAAUAAAAUUUAAAUGCAAUUAUUACAUGUAUGUGUAUUAAAAUUAUUUCUAACAAGUUUUAAGCUACUUUGUUGCUAUUUUUUAUUUGUAUUAAAAAUAAUUAAAAUUUAUAUUUAAAUUAAUAAAUAAAAAUAUUAAGACUUGUAAAUUUUUUUAAUAAAUUAAUAAUUAAAUAAGUUCUGUAAUCUUCAAUUACAUUAAAAUUUUAAUCUUAUUUUAAAUUAUCUCUAAUUAAAAAUUAGCGCUAAAAUGAAAAAUUAAUUAAAUUUGAAAAAUUAUAAAAUUAGGUUUUAGAUUAUUUCAAGCGCAUAAUGGAAACUUCGGUUUUUAAAAUAAAAUUGCAUUCACUUUAACAACUCAAUUAAUUAUAAAAUUAAUGCGUCUUAAUUUAACUAAUCAUAAAAUAUUUUUAAAUUUUACUUUAAAGACAAUUAAAUUUAAAUUUUUGUUUAAUUACUUUCACAGUUUAGUUCAUAAUAAUAAUUAGUCACAGACAGUCGUUAUUAUCUACAGACAUAAUCCAGCACACACGUAUAACUCAUAUGAAGCGUUUAUAUAUUUUUUGUAUAUAUAAUUUUAAAGAAUAUUUAUGUACAUUUAAGAAAUCAGAGAAAAAUCGUUGAAAAUAUAAUUGUGGAAAGUUAAACUUGCAGAGUUUGCAAUGCUAACAAAUCACUAAGCAGUCAGUGAAGGCGUGUUAAUCAAAACGUUGAGAUAUAAGCAGAGAGCAAAUACAGGAAAAUCAGAUGAGCGCAUGCUGUCUGUGUUAUAAUGUCAUAACUGUAAUAUCAAAUAAUCACUAAAUAUCAUAAGUGUUAUGCAUACACACGUACAUACAUACAUAUAAUGCCCGCACACGCAUGCAAAAACUUAGAACUAUACAUAGUAUAUAUAACAUAUAUAUAUAUAUA